AGUUCCACUCUCACUUUACUACUCUCUCUCUUCGCAUAGAACAAGGACUUCACAACUCUGCAAGGGAUCGUUGUCGUUGUCAGAAGUGAAAUUUGGCAUGGCCUCUUCCGCUUCUGAAGAAGCCCUUCAGGCCUCUUUGCCCAAGAAACUCAAGGAGAAUGAGGGUGCUUUGGUCAGUGAUCCUGGGAACUCAGGUAGUGUAGCAGGUUCAGCAGAUAGCAUUGAUCUCCUCAAGAUUUCAACAUCAGGAUCAUCCAAUUCAAAUGUUGUCAAAACUUCCAAUGGUGUUUCAUCUAAUGACGAUGAUGAUAUGAGCAUUGAAGAUGAUGAUGGUGAUGAUGAUAAUGAAUAUGACUAUGAUGACAAUGAUGACAAUGAUGGUUUUUUGUAUGAUGAUGAUGAUUAUAUGACUCUGCAAUCUCAUUUUGAUAAUGUGAACUUGCCUCCUGGGGUAGAAGCUCCACUGCCCUGGUUGAAUGAUCCUUCACCAAGUGAGAACUUAGCAUCCACUAAGACGUUAACUAUUUCAGAUCUACCACCAUGUAGUUCAACUGUUCCUUCUGAGUCAAGUUCUAGUACGAAACCAGCAGACAGCAUUGAUGACUGUAUCAUUCAAAAUUCUCAACAGUUUAAGCAAUUUGAUAUUGUGGAAGAUUUCUCGGAUCAUCACUAUAGCCGCAUGGGAUUUUCAGAUGAGCAGCCACCCAAGUCUUGGGCAAAGAGAAUUCAGGAAGAGUGGAAAAUUUUGGAGAAGGACUUACCAGACACUAUAUUUGUAAGGGUUUAUGAAGCAAGAAUGGAACUUUUGAGGGCAGUUAUUAUAGGACCUCCAGGGACUCCCUACCAUGACGGUCUUUUUGUCUUUGAUUGUCUCUUCCCCACUAACUAUCCUAAGUCACCACCGAUGGUGUACUACUAUUCAGGUGGUCUUCGAUUAAAUCCAAAUUUGUAUGAAUGUGGGAAAGUUUGUCUCAGUCUCCUAGGCACUUGGAGUGGAAAACAAAAUGAAAACUGGGUCCCAGGGCAAUCAACAAUGCUACAAGUUUUAGUCUCUAUACAAGCUCUUAUUCUGAAUGCAGACCCCUUCUUCAAUGAGCCGGGGUAUGAUACAACAUAUGUUGGAGCAGAAGGGCAAAAGAGGUCCAGGAGCUACAAUGAGGAAGUAUUUAUUUUAUCCCUAAAGACGAUGAUGUAUACACUAAGGAGGCCACCUAAGUAUUUUGAGGACUUUGUCUUGGGUCAUUUUCGCAACCGUGCACAUAAUAUUCUGGCAGCAUGUAAAGCAUAUACUGAGGGCACUUUAGUAGGGUCUGUUAGCGGAGAUGCAGCCCAGAAUGGUGAAAAUAGUGGCUCAAAACAGUUCAAGUCAAGUGUAGCUAGGAUGAUGAAUAUGCUUAUUACAAAUUUCACCAAAAAUGGAUCAACAGAAUGUGAGCAGUUUCGAAUUGGAGCCUAAAUCACAAUUGACUAGCUGACAUGAUGGGACUGGGAAGGUAAUAAGAGCUAAAGAUACAUUGGCAUGGUGAAACAAAUUCCUCGGACAUGCAUAUAGUAUUUGUGUUCCCCAUGUGCUUUUCAAUGCUCUGCUAUUUUGGAAUUGGUUGGUUAAUUUUCAGUAUGUUUUAUGUUUUGGGAUUCCUGGCAUAUGUAAGUAUAAGGUAAUGACUUUGAACGGGACUUGGCUCAUUGCUAUUGUGCUCUAAUUGGAAUGAAUAUGGCCGUAUUAAUAUAUGCUUUAUGCCAAUUCUGGCCAAAACAUUUCUUAUUCCAA